CGAAUGAAUCAAACAUGGCGGACAGCUGAUGAGAAAACAACAGUAUUUACACCACAAAAUAACCAGUAAUCUACCCGAAAACUCCUCACGAUGUGGGGCAGGCUUAGCUCUGUGGCGCAGAUAGUCACAGACAAGCUUGAGGAGAGUUUUGGUGAUGAUCAGGAUCAAACUGGCGCUGUUUCUGCACAGCCACAGAGCUCAGAGGAGAUAAUAUCGGAUCUAAGGAAGGCGUUGGUAGAGUCCGAGAAGCGCAAUGAAGAUAUUAAUCAUGAGUUCCAGAAACUACUUCGUCUGAAGGAGGAAGAAAUUGUAAAAUUAAAAGGAGAAGGAGCUGAAGCAAGUGUCCACAGGGAAGUGUCAGACACAAGCUCUGAAGAAUUACAGAAAACUAUUGGGAUCCUAAGACAGCAACUAAAAGAAAAGGAACAUGAGCUGGAGAACUCAAAAGCCUCAUUUGAACAAAAAUUUAACAAGCUCAAAGCUAAUGCCAAAACAAAAAUUAGUCAACUAGAAGAACAGUUGAAAUCUGGAGGUGCAAAAAUGCCACCUUCACCAGCUCAUGGUUCUAAGCAAAAAUCUACAGAGCUGAGCACUUUGUUGGCUGAAAAAGACAACGUCAUUCAAACACUUUCUCACCAACUUGAAGUCAGUCAAAAGAGAGAGAAAGAACUUGAAAUUGAAGGGAGACAGAAUGAAGAGAAAUGUAUGGGAGAUAUAGCUACCAAAAUAAUGGAAAUUCAGCAGUUAAAACUGAAGCAAGAAGAAGUAAACCAUCUGGUUGAGGAAAGGAGUAGAACAAUACAAGAAUUAAUGGAUAAAAUGGAAGCACAGAAACGCUUGAUAUCCAGUAGAGAUGAAGUGAUUGAGCACAUGCAGUCAAUGAAAGACAUUCAGGGAGGUUCUGAUGAGAUGGUUUCUGUCCUGAGAGAGCAGAUUGGUGCCAUGAGCAGUAAAAUUGAGAAUCUUGUGGAAGAAUGUGAACGACAUAAAAGAACAACAAAAACUUUACAGAAAGAAAUUGAUUCUCAGAAGGAAGCAGUAGAAGCCAAAGAAAAGAUUGAACGUGAGAAUUUGGUUUUAAAGCAGCAAUUAGAACAGCAAGAAGCUGACCACCAAGGGACAGUCAGAAUGCUACAAGACCAGAUACAGGCCAAGGAACAUAAACUAGCUGCAGAGAUUGCAGAGAUUGAGAGGUCUUACAAGGAAACAGAGCACAUGUUGAAAGAACAACUUGAUGAGAAGUCCAGUAUUAUACAGGCCAAGGAUGAAGCAGUUGCUGUGAUGAAGAUGGCUCUACAGGAAAAGAACUUCAGUGGUGAAUCACCGACCAAAUCUACCAGCCCCGAGAACGAGAAAUUGGUAAAUCUUUUAGAAGAAAAAAUCAACGAGAAAGAGCAAAUAAUCACUCGACUACAGAGCUUAAUCGCAGAGGAGAAAAAUCGCGCGGGAGAAUCCUCCAAGUCUGCAGAAUUUUUUGAACAAAGUGUGAAAGAGUUGACAAAAGAGAUUGACCUUCUGAAGGACGAUUGGGGAUUGAGAGAAAAGGAGCUAACUGAUAAGAUAAAUAGUCUGCUGAAAGAGCUGAACGAUAGCAAAGAAAAACACGAGGCAGAGAUGAACGAAAAGGAUAUUCUUCUAAAGGAAAAAGAUGCUAAUAUUGUAGAUAAGGAAAAAAGAAUUUCAGCGUUGCAGCUAGAACUCCAAAACAAAGACAGUCAGAGUAAAGACGUUUCAAACGAAAGACUUUUGCUUCUGGAUACAGAAAAGGAAAGACAGUUCCUCGACGAGAAACGUAGCUUUAAAGAAAGUAUAAAAGAACUACAAGUAGAGCUUGACCGAGUCGUGGCAGAGCGAAAUCAGUUGAGAGAAGGUUUAAAAACAACAGGAAAAGAUGGCCAGGAUGAGUUGAAUCGUAUCAAGAAGGAGAAAGAACGACUGGCGAAGGAUUUGGAGACAGCAAGGCGAGAUGUGGAACUGAAAAAUAAAGAAGCUAAAGAAGCGACAGCAAAGAUGUUAAAAUCCAAAGGACAAUUAAAAUCUAAGUUAUCUAACUUGGAAAAGGAAAAUGCAAAAAUUUCAAAGGAGUUAGAGACACUUAGAAAGAAAAAGCCAGGAGCAAGCGAGAGUAGUAAGCUACGUGAACAAAUAGCAGAUCUUGAGGAAGAGAAGGGUAAUCUGCAGUUGAAGCUUGUUGAGUUUGAAGAGGUGAAAACGUCUCUACAAGAAAGAGAGAAGAGCUUGAAUGAACUUAAAGAAAGAUGUGCUAUGCUUGAAGAAGAAAAGAAAUCUCUCACACUAAAAGUAGUCGAUGCUGAGGAAGAAAAAGGCCUUGUGCAACUUCAAAACGUUGAAUACGAAGAUAAAUUCUCAAAGGAUGAAAAGCAAUUCUCUUCUGCCCAAAACGAGAAAAUUGAGCUGCUUUCUUCGGAACUCGAUAAAAUUAAGAAGGCACUCGACAGAGCGAACGAAGAAAUCCGAGAAAAAACGAAGGCGGCCGAAGACCUUACGAGGAAUGUCAACGAACAGAACGCAAAAGAGACAAUGUUCGACAAAGAGAAAGCAUUCUUUGAACAAACAUAUAAUGAGCUCAAAGAGACGAACGAAAGUCUUAGAGCUAAUCUUGCAGAGGUGGAAGGAUACUUGCUGAGAGAACGCGAAGAGAAAGUGUCUUUUCAGAUUAAAAUGGCACAAAUCGAGGAAGAGAAAGAAAGCUUGGAAGAGAAGAAAACUGAGUUGCAGCAAGCUUUAGAUGAUUUUAUUUGGACGACUGAUAAAGGAAAAGGAGCGGGGAGAGUCGAAGAAGGAACUCAGGAUGAAGAAGCCGGCGAAGAGAUGGCAGCGAGUGCAGGAACGAUUGUCGGUACCUCGAUGGAGGGAUCUUCUUUCACUGACAUCAUCAAGCUUCAAGAAGACGAGAAAUACGGUCUAGAAAGGAGAAUUGAUAUUCUGGUCAAGGAGAGAAAGAACUUUCAAACUCGUGUUGAGGAGCUAGAAGAGAUGCUUGAAGCAGAGCGAGAAAAACAAAUCAAGAAGAAUGAAGAAAUAAGCUCAGAUGAGGACGCUGAACACGCCAGGCAGGCACUCGAGGAAACUUUGAAUUCGACGAUAGAAGAACUACAAGAGGAAAAUGAAAAGAUCAAGUCUAGACUUCAAGACAUUGCUCAGGCCAAGCUAGAAAUGGAAAAGGCUUUAGGAAACGCUCAAACGUUCCUGGAGCAGAAAACAGAAGAAGCUGAAAAUCUUGGAAAAGAAGUGCAUACUUUGAAACAAGAAAUGAGUGAAGUAGAGGUUCUUAGAAAUGAGAACGAGAUGCUGAAGCAAAAACUUAAGGAAGCAGAAGAUGUAAAAACGAAAAUGGAAGAGGAACUAGAGGCAAUUAAAGAAGGCAGCGUUGCAAAAGAAGACUACGAAAAACAGUCCACACAGUUGGAAGAGUUGGAGGCUUUCAAAGUGAAGUUGAGCGAGCUGCAAAAUGAAUGUUCUAAAACUUGCAGUGAAAAGGAGGAGCUUGAGAAUAAACUCAAGUACAUUAUUAAUGAUCAUGAGUCCAUGCUCUCUGAACUCCAGAUGCUUCUUGAAGCGAAGGAAGAAGAGAAUAAAGAGACUUUGAAGAAACUCGACGAGCAGUUGGAAGAGCGGGAAAAACACACCGAGUAUUUAGAAAACAAGAUCGCGCAAUUGCAACAAAAUCUACAGCUUCUGAGGUCUACAAUGCAAGAGAAAGAACAGUUUAUCAACACAAUCACGAACGAAUUGGAAAACAAAGACAAAAAAGUUGCCGAGGCUACAGAGAAAUUACAAAGUAAAGCUGACGAACUACUGUCGUACAGUGACAAGGUUGCUUCCAAGGAGGCUGAAUAUUCAGAGGCGCAGCAUCAACUCCAACUGAAAGACGCUGCUAUUUCUUCUUUGAAAGAGAAACUGGAAGAACAAACAGCAUUGUUAGAAAGAUCUCAGUCCAUCGUAGAAAAACAACGAUUCCGCGCAGACUCACUUGAUUCUAGACUCGAGCAGCUAGGCAAUGCUACUUCAAUCGCGUUGAAAGAAAAAGAUGCUGAGAUAUCUGCCUUGAAAGACUCGCUACAAAAGCUUGAACAAGAGAAAGUCGAGGAAGCUACGCAUCUUCAAGCUAGCGCCAGAGAAAAAGAUGCUUUACAGGAACAGUUGAAAACCGAAAAAGAUUCUUUGGGCGAACGUUUGUUGGAGCUUGAAAAGACAAAGGAAGAUCUUACAAACGAACUUUCGGCUGCCAACACCGCGGUAGAUGAUUUAAAAGAGGUAAAUGAAGAUUUAAGGAAGAAAGUUUCUGAGCUUGAGACCAGUCUAGAAGUUCUUUCUAAAGAGUUAUCCACGGUUAGUUCAUCUAUAGCUGACUCUCAAGAAGCUAACAACGCUUUGCAACAGAGGAUAUCCGAGUUGGAAGAGGUCAAGGCUCAACUAACGGAUAAGUUGGUAGAUUCAAGCGCUGUGGAGCAAGAGCUUACAAAAGAGGUGGAAAACUUGAAGCAAACGCUGUCAGACACUGAGUUAACAAAGGAAGAUCUACACGAAGCUUUAAAGACGAGAUUGGAGGAAUCGAAUAACGCCAACGAAGAACUGAAGAAAAGGCUUGAAUCUGUUGACAAUGAAGUGACACAGUUAAAGAACGGGUUAGAAUUAGAGAAAGAGAGGUCCGAGAAAAAGAUAGGCUCGUUGCUUGAACAGCUAGCUGAAAUGGAAAACGAGGUUUCCGUGCUAAAUGAAUCUUGCUCUGAAAAGGAUAAAGAGCUUGAACACGAGAGAUCAAUAGUUUCGACCAAGGAUGAAGAGAUCAAUGAGAUCAAUUCAAUGAAAGAGAACCUAGUAAAUGAUUUGUCUGCUUUGGUCGAAGAGAGAGAGUUGAAGAUCAGAGAACUUAAUCAGAGUAUUGCUGAGAAGUCUCAAGAGUUUGGAGAAGAAAUAGAAGACAGAAAUAAACGGGUCCAUGAACUUGAACGAAAGGAAGCUGAGUAUCUGGAAGCCUUGGAUGAAAGAGGUAACAAAAUAAUGGAGUUGGAGAAAUCUAUUUCUGAGAAAGUAGAAGAAGAUGAGAAGGUAGAGGAAUCGAAGGAUACUCAGGUCCAAACUCUUGAAGCGAGAAUCCAAGAGUUAAAUGAAGUCAUGGAAAAAAGAGAUUCAAAAAUGCUUGAAUUGGAAAAGGAGCUUGAAGAAAAGAUUAAAGAAUUUGCUAAAGAAAUCGAGAAGAGGAAUGAAGAAGAUGGAAAGGAAAAAGCGUCGAAGGACAUUGAGAUCCAAACUCUUGAAGCGAGAAUCCAAGAGUUAAAUGAAGUCUUGGAAAAAAGAGAUGGAAAAAUGCUUGAAUUGGAAAAAGAGCUUGAAGAAAAGAUUGAAGAAUUUGCUAAAGAAAUCGAGAAGAGGAAUAAAGAAGAUGAGAAGGAAAAGCAAUCGAACGAUACUCAGGUUCAAAGUCUUGAAGCGAGAAUCCAAGAGUUAAAUGAAGUCUUGGAAAAAAGAGAUGGAAAAAUGCUUGAAUUGGAAAAGGAGCUCGAAGAAAAGAUUGAAGAAUUCACUAAAGAAAUCGAGAAAAGAAACGCUAGAAUUAAGGAUCUAAAAGAAAAGGGAAAGAAGGUUACACAACUAUUAAAAACCAAAGAAGAAACGGUUAAACAGUUACAACAAGAAGUCGAGGAAUUGAAACAACAGCUAGAAGUGAGUAGAUUUGAGCUGAAAGAGAGUGUGGGUUCUAAAUCGAUCAUCGAAGAAACAUUGGUUGCUAAGGAGGCGAGUGUUGCCAUGGCGGAGGAGUCUCUGAGCAAACUGAAGGAAGAAAAGGAGCAGAAAGAGAAGACAAGUCAACAAAUUGAAGAAGAAAAGCAGCUUUUAGAAAAUCAAUACAAAGAAACCAUUAUAGAAUUAGAAAAAAUGAAGAACAAAGCUGAGCAACUGGAACAAGAACUCAAAAAGAAGGUUGACCAAGAAGAUGGCUUGGCGAAACAGAAAUAUGACCUGCAAACGUUCCUGGAAGAACUCCAGAACAAAAAUGCUGAGCUAGAGCAAGACAUGUCCAGCAAAGACGACGAAAUUUCGAAGUUAAAAGUAAAAUUCUCGGAAAAAGAAAAAGAAGUGCAAGAACUCUGGAAGGAACUAGAAGGUUAUGUUGCCAAGGCUACGGAACUUGAUAGAUCGGUGAACGAGAAAAGUCAAGUCGAAAGCAAUCUAGUGGAAAAGUCUCGAGAGUUAGAAACAAAUGUAAUAAAACUGAAGGAAGAACUUAGUGAUAUGGAAGCAGCCAACGAGAUUCUCAAAGAGAAAGCGGAAAAGAAUAACGAAGAAGUAACGCGACUAAGAGAAGAGCUUGGAUCGAGAGUCUCAAGUUUAGAAUCACUUUCCAAAGAAUUUGGAGAAAUGCAGUCAGCCCUUGAUGCUAAAGAUACAGAAAUCUCAUCCCUCGGACAAGGCUUAGGAGAGAAGACAAGUAGAAUCUCUGAGUUAGAGAAUGAAUUAUCUGCCUCUCUAGAGAAGCUGAAGAAAUUUAAAGGUGAACUAAAGAGACAGAAGGGUAUUAAAGAACAGCUUGCUUCUGCUCGGGAAAAGGUUCAGCAGUUAGAAAACGCAUUAGCUGAAAAAGAAGGCUCGGAGGAAAUUGUCAAGAGAAAAGACGAAGAGCUGGAUUUAAUGCAAGAAAGUUUUGAGGUGCAGACGGAGCAGAUUUCCACGCUAAAAACUGAGCUAAAAAAUGCUAAUUGUAAAGUAGAAGAACUGGAAAAGCAGCUAGAAGAUAAUAACGACUUGAAGAAAUGCCUGGAAGAGAAGGAAAGUGAACUUAGUCUCCUACAAGCAAGUCUUGAUGAGCGGAACUCUAGUUUAAGCGCACUGGAGGCGAGUUUCCAAGACGUCAGCUCUAAAGCAGCAGGAUCUAACGUAGAACUUGAAGAACUCCAAACCAAACACGACGCAGAAGUGAAAACAUGGAAGAAAAGGGCUCAGAAUCUCAAGAAAGCUUAUGAAACAAACACCAAAGAGAUAGCGGACCUUAAAGAAGCGCUGGAAGUCGUCAAGAAGGAGUUGGCAGAAGAAAAUGCCAAAUUACAAUUCUACGAAGGUGAAAUAGCGUCACUUAGAGAAGAAAAUAUUGCCUUGGACGAAGAACUAAAAACUCUUCGCCAAGAACUUACGCGACGCAAGGAAGAAAAAGAUGACCUCAGCCGACAAAUAGAGGGUUUGAGAGAUGAGUUACAGUCUAAGGAAUUGGAUGCCAUGGAACUUGUAGAAUUAAAAGAAAGUUACAGAAAGCAAGCAGAAGAGUUACAAGAAUACCAGAAUGAGUAUGACUUAAUUUUACAAGAAAGAAACAAGCUUCAAAGUUCUCUAGAAUAUUCAGAUGUGGAGAAACAGAACGCAAAAGAUGAAGCUGAGAAAUUAAGGAAGGAAUGCGAAGAACAUGUUUUGGCCAAGGAAACGAUAUCUGAUGAGCUUGCCUCUUACAAAUCAAACCUUCAUUCUUUGCAGUCCAGUUUCGAGAAUGUCUCUCAAGAGCUAGAAGAAGCGGCAAACAAGCUAAAAAGCACGGAAGACGAGAAUGAAAGUUUAAAUCAACAACUUGAUAACGCUUUAAGGAGACUGGAAGAAAUGGAUGAGAUGGCUAAAGGAGAGGUUGAUAAAGUUGUUGAACAGAAAUCUGCUGAACUGAGUGAAAUUAAAUCGCAGCUUCUUGCGAACGAAGAAACGAAGGCAGAACUUCAACAGUCGUAUGGCAAGUUGGAAAAAGAGGUGGAGAAUUUGGAGCUACAAAUCCAAGCGCUUCAAGAUGAAAAGAAGGAAAAGGAGAAACAACUCGCGGCUGCUUUAGAGGAAGAGCGUGAGUUGGUCACAAAACUGAAAAACGACCUGGAUGAUUUAAAGAAGAAAUGCGAAGACCUACAACAAGAAAAACUAGAAAAUGAUGAAUAUUUUAAAUCAGCAUUAGAUAAAGAAAUCCAGCUCAGAAGUGAUAUUGAAAAUGAAAUUAAAGAUUACAGAAGUAAAAUCGAUUUCUUGCAAAAAGAAAGGGAAGAUAUGUCCUCACAGUACAAAGCAGCGACUGAAAGCGAACUCGGUUUGAGAAGUGAACUUGAAAAUGAGCUUGCACGUCUGAAAAACGAAGCUGAUGUUUCCAGAGCAGAGUUUGAAGAAAGCAAGAGUGAAAUCAAUAAAAUGUUGGAAGAGGCUAUCCAGGAAAAAGAAGAUCUCAAGAAUGAAUUGAUUGCAAUCUCAAAUGAAUUGGAAAUGAUUAAAAGUACCGAUAAAGAUGUAGAAGGUGAUAAGAAAGAGUUGAACGACAUGUUAGAGAAGUCGUUUGAGGAGCGUGAUCUUCUUAAAAAUCAAUUAGACAACCUGAAAAAUGAACUUGAGGCAGUUAAAAGAAAUGAGACUGAAACAGAUGACUUAGUACGGAGCUCGCUUCAGGAAGAGAUCGAUAAGAAAGAUCUGAUGUUGGAGACCAUGAAGACUCAAAUGGCAGGACAGUUUAACGCAGAGCUCGAAGAAACACUUCGAAUUAGAAUCAGCGAAGUGGUAGAAGAAAAGAACUUGGAAAGAAAGAACCUUGAAGAUGAGUUGACGAAGAAACUCGAAGAUCUAAAGAGCCACAAAGAUGGUGUCAUUACCAAACUCAAAGAUAAAAUUAGAGAAAAAAUUGAACUAAAUAAGAAAAUAAAUGCUGAAUAUAAGGCAAAAGUUGAAGAAUUGAAGAAAGAAAGCGAUGCCAAAGUCAAAGAACUGAAUGACAAAAUUCAAGACGAGAGGAACUUGAAGAAUGAUUUGAAAGAUGAGGUUCAGAGACUAAGUGCAGAGGUUGUGCAGUUGCGAGAAAUCGAGCUUGUGAAGAACGAGCUUCAGGAGUCGGUGUCUGAAAAAGAUAGUGAAUUAAAUAACUUAAAGAGCGAGUUCCGGGAAACGCACCAGGAAAAGGAAGAGAUGAACUUGAAGCUGCAAGAGGCUUUGCUUGAAGCACAGAACCUGAAACUUGACUUGGAGAGAAUACAAACUGAAAAGGUCGAAAUGGAUGUUCGUCUACAGCAGAGUGCUUCAAAAGAAGAUAUUCAGAAAGCGGUUGGGGAUAAGGAUAAAUUUAUCCAUCAGCUAAAGAAAAAGCUGAAAGAAGAACGCACUGAAAAGGAAAAGAUGAAAAGAGAAAUGAAUGAAAAUCAGAACGUGUUGUCCCAAAAAGAAAAAGAAAUUCAGCUACUAAAAGAAACAUUUGAAAUGAAAACUGAAGAACUAUAUUUACUGCAUCAAGAAGAAAUGACAACACUGGCGAACAACUUGAAAGGCAGCAGUAGCAAAGAUGGUUCUUCAAGAGAACAAGAUCUGCAGAUGUUGAUGACGGAGCUUGAAACCAAGCAAAAAGAGUUGUCGGAAAUGCACCGUAAAAAUGAUGAACUGUUAUCGAAGCUAACAGAAGCUGAACAAGAAAUAUCCCGUAUCAAAAUAGAGUAUGAUGAUGCCAUAAGUUGCAUGCGAGCAGAUAUUCAAACUGCACUUCCAUCACAAGACGAAUCGAAAGAAAUUAAUAACAUUAUCGAGAGUCUGAAAGCAGAGAAUGAGAAGCUUAAAGAAAGUCUGGAAUCAAAGGAAAAAUCCUUAGAAGCAACGAAAGAGGACUUGCUUCAUCUUGAGGAAGAGUUAAAUCUGGACCUUGAAAAAGUGAUGCGCGAAAAGAGUGAUUUGGACGAGCAGUUCAGUAAUGAAAGAUCCUCAUGGGAGUCAAGCUUUAUGGAUAUCUCUGCCAAGUAUGCUGAACUGGAAGCACAGCUUGAAAGAGUGAAUCUUGAACGGAGUCUCUCACAAGAAGGGAGCGAUAUCAUUAAGGCUGAAAACGAAGAAACAGCCACUAACAAGGAGACACUAUCUGUUGAACUUGAGAAGGCCAAGAAGAAUUUUGACAGAAUCAAGAACAAGCUGAAAACCCACGUCAAACAGGGCCGAGAAGAAAAGGAACAAUUGAACAAGGAAAUCGAGAAAAUAAAAAACGAAAAAGAAGAGGCCUGUGAAAACCUCCGUAAAGAAUUUGACAAAGUUUUUAAUGAAAAAGAAAGUGCUUUAGCUUUCGUGAAUGAAGAACUCGAAGCCUUGAGAGAAGAGAAGGAAACGACUGAAGACGAACUGAAAGCCCAAAUCAAAGAACUUCAAGGUCAAGUUGGUUCAACAGAAACAAGUAUCGAGUGCCAAAAUUGCCUAGUCCUUAAGAAGGAGUUAGAAGAGGCUCUCCUUGUUUCGAAUGUAGGCCAGAUUGGGCUACCUGUAGAGAGCGCCGAAGCGACUGGCUGUAAAAGAUGCGAAGCGUUAACAAAAGAACUGGAAAAACUUGCCAUAGAAAAAGAAGAAAUAGCAGAAGUUAUUAAAUCUGAGUUCGAUAACAUUUGUGAGGGUUUGAGGUUUGAUCUUGAAAAUGCCAUAAAGAAGAAGACAGCUGUCGAGCGUUCGGCGCAGAUGGUGUGUUUAGAACUUGAACAAAAACUUGUUGAUAAAAAGAAAUCCCAUGAUGAGCUAGAGAAGAUGAUACGAGAGCGAGACGAAGUGGAUGGCAGCUGGAAAGAAGAGAUGAUGAAGUCAACAGAACAUUUGUACAAACGCGCAGAGUCACUGCAUGAAGAGAAAGAAUCUGUAGAACAGCAAAGACAAGAGCUUGAGAAUUCUUUAAGGGAAGCCAAUUCAGAAAAUGAAAAAUUAAAUAGAUCUUUAUCUGAGAAUGAACAGACUAGGAAAAUUCUAGAGGAAGAAGUAGCCAAGGUGCUGGCUGACAAGGGACAAGUGUGCCAACGCUUGAGAGAUGAUUUUGAACUUGCUUUUAAGGAAAAAGAAGAUGUGUUGCAGAAUUUGAAGGAUAAACUCGACGAAGCUCGAGAGGAAAGAGAUUUAGCGAUGACCGAUUCAAAGAAGGGGAAAAAGGAGAUAGAUCGAUUGAAGGAAGAUUUCGAAAAAGUCGUCCAAGAUAAGGAUGAAAUCUUACUGAACUUGAGAGAGAAACUCGAUGAAAUGCGCACCGAACGAAACCAAAUCGAAGAAGAAUUGAAGAAGGAAUAUGUAGAGUCACAAACGCUUCUCGAAGAUAAGAUCAAAGAUCUGGAACAAGCCAUCGAAAAGGCGCAUACAGAAAAAGACGAAAUGUUCAAGCGGUUGGUCGCAGAUUCUGAGAAAGGCAAAGAGGAAAUGAGUGAGGGAUUACAAAGGGAGUUCGAAGUUAUUCAAGCUGAGAAGGAUGCUUUGAUACAAGAAUUACAAUCGAGUGUAGAACAACUACGAGAAGAGCUAAAGGAAGUACGUAACGAGAAAGAGGUCCUCGAAUCAGAGCUAAGUAAAUCAAAAGAAGAUAUUGCGUUGCUGCAAGAAAACCUUGACCAAGAGAAAAAGACUCGAGAAAGCUUAGAAGAAAAAUUGGAACUCAAACUGAAAAGAUUCGAAGAAGAGCUUGAAGAAACCGUGGAAUCUUCGAAAUUGAAAAUUGAAGAGCUCACAACAGAAAGAAAUGCUGCUCUCGAGGAAGCUCGCGAAAAAAUUCGUGCACUCAAGGAAGAAGGAGUACAGCUGGAACUUGCUCUUUCGGAAAGAGAAGAAGAGCUCGUACGUUUAAAUAACGAAUUAGAAGAAAUGAAAGAAACCUUGAUUGGGAAUAAGGAAGAGCUUGAGAAGAGAGAAGAUACCAUACAGGAACUGAAUCAAGAAAUAAACCGACUAAAUGAAGUUGCUAAUGAAAAUAUACAGGACAAUGCAACACGUAAUGAUCUGAUGUCAGAGAAGACCAAAGAAGUAGAUGAACUAACUCAACAGCUUAAAGAACAGACAGCAGUGACUAAUACUUUGAGUGAACGAUUAGAUUUGCUAAAUAAAUCAGAACAAGAAAGGAAGAAAGAAAUAGAAGAUAUGAAUCGUGUUAUUGAAAAACUGAACAACGAAAAGAUGGAUUUGAAUGGUAAAAUUGAGUUGCUUGAAAAUCAAGUCAGGAAUUUCGACAGCUCUUCUACUAAGGUGCAGUCACAUCUUGAUAAAAUAAAGAUGCUUGAAGAAGCAAAUGAGUCCCUGCAGCAAAGGAAUAAAGAACUAGAGGUGCAACUAAACAGCGUUGUUGUUCCUGAGACCAGUUCACUUCAAACUGAAGCACUUCCCUCGGACGUAGAUACGGCCACAGAAAACAACCUGAGAAACGAGCUUAAUACUUCGCAGUCUGAAUUACAGAAAAUAAAAGAUAUAAAUGAGAAACUUAAGAAGAAGUUAAGACAGGUCCUGAAGAAGCGAGGGCAAGGUGGUGAGGAUGUUGAAGGCGUUGAUGUUGAAUCACUUAAAGAGGAACUACAAAAGGCUCGCGAAGAUAAGAUCCAUGGAGAGAAGAUUUGUCAGGAACUCCGUAUAGAAUUAGAUCAGGUUGUUCGUGAGAGAGAAAAGAUUGUCAGUGACUUGAGAGCAAAAAUGCAACAUCUUCUGGAGGAGAAGGACAAGUGUGAAACACUGAACGGCAAAUACGAAAAGUUGGUCGAAGAAAAGGAAGAAAGUAUCAAAGCGAUGAGGGAUGAAAUUGCUCUUCUCGAAAAGGGUACCGCCAUUGAAGAGAAAAACUUGUUGAUUACAAAACUUGAGAACAAGGUCAAAGAGCUUGGUGAAAAUCAUGACAAGGCAAUACAGGAUGUAAAGUCUGAUUUUGAAGAAUUGUUAUCGCAGCAAACCAUUGCUCUGGACCUUAAAGAAUCAGCUCUUGGGAUUGCCAAUCAGAAAAUCGAGAAAUUGAAUAGUGUCAAUGAAAAACUCGCUAAAGAGAGGGAGAAUAUAGAUGAGCUUCGUGGAAAUUUUGAUCACAUUGUAUCAGGUCUACGUGAAGACUUGGAGCAUGCUCUUAAAGGCAAGUCAGCCGCUGACCAACUGGCUUACGAAUUCCAAGUCCAAUUAAGACGAAUGCAGGCUCAAACUGGAGAUAGAACAUUACCAACUAUGAAAGAUGCCUCGGUCGAUUGCAUGGAUAUUGAAGAUGGUCGAAUCACGGAAAAAGACAAGGAGAUUGAAAGCUAUGCUGUGGAGCUCGAAGCUUUAAGAGAAGAGGCAAGUGCCUUGAAGGCUGAGUUGGAUCGGUUGAAUGAACAAGCAGCCAAAGACGUAACCCAAGAAUCAGGUGAAGAAAAACUAGAUUCUGAUGCGGAAGACAUGAAACCAACGGUGAAGAGCCUACAAGAAGAACUGAAAGAGCUCAACUCAGCCAACGAAGAGCUGAAACAAAAAAUGAGCGAUUUACGCGAAAACUUUAACACAGAUCUUGCCCAAGUUGAAAAAGACCUCAACGUUCUAGAUAAUGACAACGUUUCUCUCAAAAAUGAAUUGAUUAAUAAACAUAAUUUAUUAAAAGAAAGUGAUAAGGCCAAAGCUGAGAUGGAACACAUUCUUCAGGGACUGAGGGAAGACUUACAAGAAGCAAUGCACGACAAAGCGGAAAAAGACAGAGCUCUACAUAAACUAAGAAUAGAAGCAGAUCGCUUGCGAAAACAGAUUCCUUCAAAAGGGAAGCCCGUCCCAGUUAUUCUUCCCUUUGAAAUCAAACAAGUUGCCGAGAGUUCUCCAGUGGAUGAAAGCUUUGGCACUGAUUACAUGCAAGACUUCUUGAAUAUUUCAAGUGAGGAGCCACAAAAGUUGGCUUUGCUGCCAGAAAACGAGUUGCCACUAAAGUCUUCAAAGGAAAAGGACUCCGUUUCCUUGAAAGAUCAAGGCGUGAAUACUGAUGAAGUCCAGGUAUUUGAGAAGUCAAAUGUCGAAGAAGAAUUGCUCCAAUAUACAGCCAAGAAAAGCGAGUUGGAAAAGAAAUUACAGCAGCAGACAAAAAUCAAUUCCAAAUUGAAGCACAUGGUGAAGAAUUUGAAGUCAGAGGCUGAAAAUGUAAAAGAAGGCUUUGAAAGAGUUUCCAAUGAAAGCUUAGAAAAGGAGCAAAGGUUGAAGGACUUGAGGGCUGAAAUGGCCGCUUUGGUCAAUGAUAAAGAAGAGAUGAUCAAUGGAUUUCGAGAAAGGUUGAAUGUUCUAACUAAUGACAAAGGGAAAGUGGUUGAGAAUUUAAAGGAUGAGUACGAGGAACUCUUGUCACAAAAAGAUUCUGAUAUCAAAUUUAUUCAGAAUGAACUCGAGGCAAGUCAAAGACAAUUGGAAUCGAAAACCAGAGAUCUUGCUGCCAUUACAGACAACUAUGAGGAAUGUCUUGGUGUUAAGAAUGAAUUACAAACGAGAACCGCGAGAUUGGAAACAGAAGCCACAGAUUUGAAAAAUGCUAACGAGAAACUCAAAGAACGUUUGAAUUUUGUAACGGAAAAUGCCAAAGUUCUUGACGAACAGAACUCAGAAUUUGGCCGCAGGAAUGCCGAUCUUGAAGAAAUCGUUUCCAACCUUCGAAAAGAUCUUGAAAUCCUCGUUGCUCAUCGAGCAGAACUUGAACAGAAGUCAGCAGAUUCAGAAACUCUCAUCAGUAGCUUACGCGAGGAAGUAGAAAGCUCGACGCAAAAUGCGAAAGAAAGUCUUGUUUCAAAGUUAAGAGAAAAAGUUUCAGCAACUGAAACGAAGCUUAAAGAUCUAAGUAACAGGCUGCAAGAGACCAACAAGGAGUUGGCACUUCAGAGAGAAGGAUUUGAAGAAUCUUACCGAAACGUAGUAGAAGAGAAAGAAAGCAUCCUUACUGAAAAACUGCAGUGCGAACAGAGAGUGAAAGAAUUGAGGAUAGAAAUGCAAACGUUCGUGAAAGAGAGGGACGAAAUCGUAGAAAAUUUGAAAUCCAAGAUAAAGCAGGCAUUUGACGAGCAGGGAGGACGGUCAGAAGGCUUGAAGAGCGAAUACGAAAAGAUGCUCGAUGUGAAAGAUGAUUUGAUCAAUCAAAAUGCAGAUGAAAUAGGCAAGCUCAAAGAAGAGGUUGCAGCUGUGGUCAACGAAAAGGACGAAAUUCUAGCCGAGAUGCUGCAACUUGACCGAGAAAUCAGCGGUUUGAGUCAAGACAAAGAGUUCCUAGGAAGAGAGUGUGAUGAGUUGAGGGAAAGGUUAGAAGCUUCGUUAAGCGAUAGAACAAAGCUGCAACAAACAUUGAAUACUCAGGCUGAGAAGCUAGUGCAUCUCGGUGAAGAGGUCAGCAAUCUAAGACAGCAGUUGGAUGAAUCAGAAUCGAAGAAAAUGGUAGAAGAGAUGCAGAAAGGGUAUAACGAAAUGGCGAUGCAAAGUGAUCGGCUGCGAGACGAAGCGGAGAAUGCCACCAAAGAAAAAGAACUCUAUCGCUCGAAGAUUAAGAAGGACUACGAACGAUUGAACACUGCUUUAGCAUUUGAUCUAGACCAGGCUAGAGCUCAGAGCCUUGAACGAGAAAAAACGAUUCAGUUAUUACGUUUCGAGGUCGAGAGCGUUGUCAAGGAGAAAGAAAAUCUGGCGGCAAAAUUAAGAGCGGCAUUGGAGAAACGAGACGUUUCUGUUCCUUUGUCGAGUGAGGGUCCAAACCAUGAAGGAUUCGCCAACACUUUGCAAGAAAUGAAAACAGAAAUGAACAAAAUUUCUAAAGAGUAUCACAAAACCAGGAAGGAAAAAGACCAACUUUAUACAAAGUUCCAAAAAGUGAGCGACAAUCUGAGAAAGGAUUUACAAACUUGUCUUAAGGAGAAUGAGGAUCUCUCCAAAAAACUCGAGAAACUCGAUUCUGAAAAUAGAGGACUGAAACAAUCCCUGAGAGAAAAGGAUUCGGCAAUUUUUCAAAUCAAGAAGAACUUUGAACACAUCGGACUUGGCUGGAGGUCGGAUUUAGACCAAGCGAGGAGCGAACGUGAUGCAGCGAACAAGAAACUAAAAGCACUGCAAGACAAAGAGUUGGGUGUAGACUCAGGAAAGAAAGAAGGCGAAGACGAUAUUUCUCCUUUACUAAGUGAACUACAAUCGAAACUAAACAUUCUCGAAAUUGAAAAUAAAAAAAUGCAAGAAAGACGAGCGAAGGACGAAGCUUCCUGCAACGAACUCGCUUUUCGGAUAAACGAACUAGAACAGCAAAAGAAUAUCUUGGAGUACGAGCUUGAAAAUAACAGAAGUAUGUUGAGUUCGUGGGAAAAAGAGCAUGUCGAGGUGAAGCAGAACCUGCCAUUAAAGACAUCACCACAGGAGCAAGUGUUCGAGGAACUUACCGAAGUAGUUAUCGACCAAAACCUGCAAUCACCUGUUGAUAGUAUCGAUGUCUUUGGCUUGAACGAAAGGCUUGACGAAACAUGUAGAUUAUACGAUGAGAAAUGCCUCGAGUGUAAUGAAAUCCAGGAUCAACUACGAGAAGAGAGAGAAGCAAGAACCGAGCUGGAGAAACGCCUGACCCAGACAGAAGAACAAUUACGACAACAAAGACCAUCAUCUUCACAGUUUGCUAUCGAUAUCGAAGAUAUUCAAAGUCCUAUAACAAGCGAUGGACGAGAACAAAAACUCUAUCAAUACACAGCUUCAAACAUUGGUCGUCACGCAAAGUCAUCUGCUUCAUAUUUUGGUAGAAUUUUUAGAAGAAGCAUGAAACCACGUGGUAUAGCAAGGUCAGCUUUUGUUGGCUACGUCCUGCUUGUCCACGCCUUGGCGCUGAUGUUUCUACUAAAGCUUGUCACUGGGUAAUCGUCUCACUUUAUAUUAUACAAAGAAGAUUUCAGUUCGCGCAACUCCAAAAUUCAAUCGUCACAAUCGUCUCAUUCAUCUUGAAGUCUAUCAGCAAAAUCAAAUCAAGACACCAAACCUUGAUCGUACAGUUAUUUUAUUCUCAAAUGGAAAUUCUGCUGCAGUGAUAAUCCAAAGCGGGAAAGAGGGAAUUCUAUUUAUUUUAAGAAUGAUAAUAAUAAUAAUAUUAAUAAUAAUAGUAAUAAUAAUAUUAUUGUUAGUUGCAAUAGAGGGUUGACCAUCGGUGAGGUACAUGGUAGAAAAUUAAAAAAUAUAUAUUUUUCCUUAUUAAAUAGUUACAAUUAUCAGAAGCUUAAAGUAAUCAAUAGAAUAAAAGAAUUAAAAUAGUAUAGGUUUGAGAAAUAUUCGAGCCUUAGAAAGUGUCCACGUCAGGAGCGACGUCAGCGUUUUGCGCAUUGCAUUAUGGGAUUAUAGAAAAACCCCAUAAAGGCCGGUUUAGACGGUACGAUUUUCAGCUACAACUAUCGUAUACAACACGCUCGCGCUAUCCUACAACUCGAGUCGUAGCGUGUAAAUCAAGCCUACAACUCGCCUACGACAGACGCGAGCGUGUUGUAUACGAUAGUUGUAGGCGAAAAUCGAACCGUCUAAACCGGCCAUAAGGUAUUGUAUUAGUCGUCAUGGUGUAAACUUGGCGAAGGCCAUUUUAUAGUAAUAGUAUAUUUUUAAAGAUACAAUUUGUUUUUGUUUUAUUAUUACAUGCGCAGGCUAUAGUGAUUGGCUAGAUUCAUGACACGAUAUUAUAAGAAUAAAUCGCAUAAAAAAAGUAAAGUAUACGCUGGCUAAAAAACGCGGGCUCUACGGAAUCACGAAAACCUUUAAAGUAAUGGCGCAAUGAAUUGCGUUAUUUUUGAUUUUUAUUGAGGGCCAAAAGAAAUAAUUAAUAUAAUUGAGAAGAGAAGAAGGAAAAAGAUGAAAAUAAUAAAGAAAUUUAUGUUCUUUUAAUUCGCGAAUUCUAGCGUCUUUCUAGAGUGAUUCUUUUUGGUCAAAUGAGUAGUGGUUUAGAAAACAUCUGUUUAAAAGAAAAUUGGAGGCAAAAAUAUUGGACGUUUGAGAAGGACGAAAUUAAUAGUGUUUGUGUCUCUGAUUCUUUUUGUCCUUUCUAUCUAUUAUGCAUUUGCUGCAAGAUAAUACCGAGGGGGUGCUAGGGUGUUUACUAGACGCUUUUCUGGGCGGGGGGAGGGGGAGUCAUUUGUUGAGGUUAGUAGGGUGUGUCUUACCUCCGCCCCUCAAAAAAAUUAUGGAUUGACCCGUAGACGGGUUAUACCUUAAUUGUUGGUUUGAUGAUGAAGUCACUCUACUUAGGGCGUUUCAUUUUGUUAAUUUUUUUAAUGCAUGAGACGAUAUUUCUUGAAUGGACUUAUUACACUAUGAAGUCACAUGAAAACAAUCUUCUGUAAACAAGAAUUAUGGUCGUGGAAGGGAUCCAUACAAAACAGCAACAAUACAGAAAACUGCGAAAAAAUGUACUGUUUAUGACUUAGAAUAUAGGAAUAAACGCAGCGAAUCUCAA